AUGACAGAGGUGCGCAUGCGACUGCGCCAAAAGGGCCAGCAGUUUCCCACACAAGACUUAACACCCACCCAAGUAGAAGCCUUCCUCCUCGCCUUUGGCGACAACGACUACCCGCUCCCCGAAACCGUGCGCGUCCUCGACGAAAUUAUCACCGACUACAUCAUCGAGACAUGCCACGAAGCCGCAUCUGUCGCCCAUCAUGCUAGGCGCGCGAAAAUCAAGCUCGACGACUUCAAGUUCAUGCUGAGGCGCGAUACGGUCAAGUUGGGCAGGGUGAGCGACAUGCUCGAGACGGACAAGGAGCUCAAGAGGAAGAGGAAGGCGUUCGACACGGAUGAGGGGGCUGUUUUGGGCAAGGGAGACAAGGAAGAUGGUGGCGAGGAGGGCAAGGGCGGGGCUGCAGAGAAGGCCUCGAAGAAGAAGAAAGUCGAUGAGGCCGAUGGUGGGGAGAAGAAGAAACGAAAGAAGAAGAAGGAUGCUGGUGGAGGAGACGAUGCGAGCACGGUCAUGAGUGCAUGA